AUGUUAUUUUGUCUCGUCGUUUAUUUUCUCUUCUGGUUUACAGUUGAAAUUUUUGAACAUUCAAGAAAGUUAAAUGAAAAUUCAGUAGGUUGUCAUACCAAUACAUCGAUAGCAAAUAUUUAUUUUAUUCUUGAAUAUUUAUCAAAAUUUCAUAUAAAUCUAUUAUUAAUUGAUCCAUUUCUACUUGAUUAUCUGUUUAUUCGUCAAUUAUCAUUUCAAGAAGUACAAAAACGUUUAAUUACAUUUGGUAUUUCAUAUGAUUCUAUUCAUAUAAUUGAUUCAUUAUUUUCAGAAAAAAAGUUUUCUCUAACAAUAUCAAAAAGUUUUAAAAAUACAUCUAUCGAUCAUAUAUUUGUUGAAUAUAAUCAACAAUUUAUCCAUUUAGCUAUUUUACAUGAAGAAAAAUCUUAUUUUCUCAUACGACAGAAUACUGCACAAUUACCGACUGAUAUAAAACUUUCAUAUGGUGAUACACUUCGUGUUAUGGAACCUACUGAUUUAAAAUUCACAAAAGAUAAAUUUUCAUUUGCUUAUCCUCGAAAUGUAUCGCAUUUUUUAUGGUUAUAUAAUACAUCAGAAUUUCUUGAAUGUAAUCGAACCUUAGCCGAUCAAAUGGAAAAGAAAUUUUAUAUAUAUCAAAAUAGUAAACAAGUUAAUUUAACUAUUUUACCAAUGAGGAAUAUUGUUUAUAUAUUGAAUAAACUUGAAAAGCAUUAUUGGCUUGCUGGUGGAACAUUACUUGGUUGGUAUCGUCAUUGUGGAUUAAUACCAUAUACUAAAGAUGUAGACUUUGGUCUUUUUGCUGAAGAAUAUGAUGAAAAUAUUCGAAAUUAUUUUCUUGGAAAUCCUACUGUUUAUCUUUGGGGAGCAUUAGGACUUGUUAAUGACUUUCUUGAAUUCCGUCUUUUUACUGGACGCUAUACAUUCGAUUUAUUUUGGGCAUAUCGUGAAAAUGAUCAUCGAUGGUGUGGUUAUCAAGCACAAAGAGUUAAAUAUAGACGUAUUCUUCCACUACUUCCAAAACUAUGUUCUUGUGAUUUAUUUGGUUAUCGUUUUUCAAUUCCAUGUUCACCUGUUGAUUAUCUUAAUAAUGAAUAUGGAUAUGAUUUAUGGAAAAAUCCAUUAGAAAAAAAUUAUACAUGGACUAAUAUAGAAUAUCAUUCAAUUUGGGAUGAUAUAUCAUGGAUGUAUGCAGUACGUUUAUAUACAUCAAAAGGAGAACUUCGUCAAGAUAAAUAUGCUAUUGAUUGGAUUACUAAUCAUUUUAAUUAUUCAUUAAAAAUUAUUCCAUCAUUUUUAAAUGUUUUACCUAAUGAACCAGUAACACUUCCACCAGUUAAAAAUUAA